AAUCCAAACUCGCAAGUCCGCAUCGCGCUCAGGCUUUUUGUGGAUCGAGGAGUACGCGGAAGCUGUGGUAAUCCUUCGCGCCGCGAUCCAGUUGCCUGCUUCCUUCUUCAAACCCUAGCUAGACGGCAAUUCGUGCAAACGAAUCUUUCGUCUUUUUUAUCUCUUUCCUUUUUCGUCGUUGGAAGAUUUAGCUAGCCGGAUUCGUGUCCGAAACCUUCUUUAUUUUCUAUCAUAGUCAGAUCUUCUUUUAUCGGUCUUUGCUCUAAUUAUUAGUUGUAAUCGAAUGAGGUAUAAGUUGUAAAAUUGGCACGAGGCCAGGGAAAUGUUGUAUCUGAAGCAGCCGAACAGGGAUCUAGGUUGCCAGCGGCCGGAAAGGUGAUUGGUGGCCGCUGGAUGCGCCUGAUCAGGGAUCUGAUGGCGGCGGGGGAUGGCGCCGGGAGCUUUCACCUGCAGAAGUUUAAGCUUUAUGAGACUCGAUCGAAAUUUUACAUGAUUGGAUGGGACAAAACUAGAACAAUAUGGAAAGUUCUAUCAAUUGACAGACUAGAGCCUUCUGAGCUGAACAUUCGAGAGGAUCCUACAGUCUACACUGAAAGCGAGUGUGAAGAUUUGUUAAACAGAAUACAUAAUGGAAACAGGUCAAGUGGCGGGCUUAGGUUUGUCACACUGUGUUAUGGAAUCAUUGGUUUUGUGAAGUUCUUGGGACCCUACUACUUGUUGCUUAUUACAAAAAGGCGAAAAAUUGGCUCCAUAUGUGGCCAUGCUGUCUUUGCUAUCUCUAAGAGCGAAAUGAUUGCAAUUCCAAAUUCUACUGUGUGGCCCAUUAUGCCAUUUUCUAAGAAUGAGAACAGAUACAAGAAGCUUCUUUGCAUGGUGGAUCUUACAAGGGACUUCUUCUUUAGUUAUUCUUUCAAUCUAAUGCGUAGUCUUCAGAAGAACUUAUGUGAUGUUGAGUCUGGACACAUUCUGUAUGAAACAAUGUUCGUGUGGAAUGAAUUCCUAACACGUGAAAUUCGCAAUCACCUGAAAAGCACAUUAUGGACAGUGGCACUAGUGUAUGGUUUUUUCAAACAGGCUAAACUUUCAGUCUCUGGGAAAGAUUUUAUUUUCACACUUAUUGCUAGGCGCUCACGUCAUUAUGCUGGCACAAGAUACUUAAAGCGCGGUGUCAAUGAGAAAGGCAGAGUAGCAAAUGAAGUUGAAACUGAACAGAUUAUAUUUGAUGCAAAUUCUAAAAUUGUUCCUGCAAAAAUAAGUUCUGUUGUACAGAUUAGGGGAUCCAUACCCCUCUUUUGGUCACAGGAUAGUUCGUGGCUAAAUAUGAAACCGGCUAUCAUUUUGCACAAAGACCAAAACUAUGAAGCAACAAGACUUCAUUUUGACAAUCUUGUCAGGAGAUAUGAAAAUCCAAUUAUUAUUUUCAACCUUAUCAAGACAUAUGAAAGACGGCCUCGCGAAUCUAUCCUGCGUACAGAAUUUGCUAAAGCCAUUGAUUUCAUAAACAGUGAUCUCCCAAUAGAAAACCAUUUGAGAUUCUUACAUUGGGAUCUUAGUAAACAUUCUCGGAGCUGCAGAGCUAAAAAUGUGCUCGAGUUAUUGGUCAAACUUGGAUCAGAUGCCUUGGGUUUGACAGGCUUCUUCUAUUGUCAAGUGCCUUCUUCUUUAAGAUUGGCCGGUCCUUUAAGCUUGCAUUUCCUUGUGAAUGAUGGUAAUCACAAGAAAAGCAGUGAUGCAUUCAUCACGGGAGAUGGAUACCAAAAGGAUGAUAAGGGAAGCUCUGACGUCUCUUCAAGGGAUUCAUCUCAAAGCAAUGUGGAUCAAUCUUGUUAUUUUUCCAAAAUGCCCACGCUUCAAAAGGGUGUUCUCCGUACAAAUUGUAUUGAUUGCUUGGAUCGAACAAAUGUAGCUCAGUAUGCCUAUGGCUUAGCUGCCCUAGGUCAGCAACUACAUGUCUUGGAUUUUAUUGAUGUUCCAAUGAUUGACUUGGAUUCCUCUUUGUCUGAUGAUGUGAUGGACCUCUACGAGAAAAUGGGUGACACUCUUUCUUUACAAUAUGGUGGUUCUGCUGCUCAUAACAAGAUAUUCUGUGAGAGAAGAGGUCAAUGGAAGGCAGCCACCCAGUCCCAAGAAUUUUUUAGGACUGUUCAAAGAUACUAUAGUAAUACAUACAUGGAUCCAUUGAAACAAGAUGCCAUAAAUGUGUUUUUAGGGUACUUCCAACCACAAGAAGGUAAAGCAGCACUUUGGGAGCUUGGCUCUGAUCAACAUUACAAUAUUGGGAGGCAUGUCCCUCCUUUUACGGAUGAGAAAACGAGAUCAUUUAUCAAAAGAUCCCUUUCCGAGGGAAAUAUUUUAUGUGAGAGCGACACGCCUGGUUCCAGCUCUAACGUGGGAGAGGGAACUCCUCAAAACAUGCAUACCUCGGUAGAUACCAAGGGUCUUUCUGAGUCGACGCCUGAGAUUCCAACUUGUGAAAGUGAUGUAUCCUAUUCUAGGUACAUUCCCGUGAGCACUCGUAGGAUACAAUUUGUGGAUAGUGAGCAUGGUUACUUCCAUCAACUUAAAUUCGAUGAGUCAAGCUUCUCGAAUUUUCUAGACCUUGACCACAUUUCUUCUUCAGGGAAUUCAUGUGAAGAGGAAUAUUAUGAAAGGUCAUCACUAAUUAAUUCUCCUGUUGAGAAGCUUUCCACUGAAAAUGUCAUCAUUAAUUUAAAUACUGAAGCAACUUCAAACUUAAGUUGGGACGGUUCUAGAAACAAGACUGGAACAGUUAGAGAAGUAGAGCCCUCGAGGGUCGGUGACCAGAAUUUUGAUAUUGGUGAAUUUUCUGAGAGAUUUCUUCGUUGGGUUGACAAUGGAGGAGCUCUUUGCUAUUGAUCUUUAAUUUGCCUCUGAUUAUAAUUAUACCAUACACUUUGCAGUAGUUAUUAGCUUCAUGGAGGCGGCCUCAGAAAGAAACACAUCAACCUAACAUUUAAGGAGCUACUGAAAAUGCAAGAAAUUAACAGUGAGAGCAACGCAAGGACCUCUCUACCUUUCCCCCUAAGUUUAAAUUUCAUAUAUAUAUUUUUUUCUUAGUUUCAAUGUCCAUGCAAUAGAUGCCAUUCUUUCCAUAUUUAGCUGUCAUAAUAAGAGAUUUACCAUAUUUCUCAUAGUGUAUAUAAAUAUAUUAACUUCUUUCAAUAUUUUUUGUAAAAUCAGCAUAAAUCUAUUCAUUUCUUCAUCCAUUUUUGAUCCAUUGACCUUGGCAUCUGCAAGUAAGAGCAUUUUUAUCUC